AUGUUGAAAGUGGCCGUGUGUCUUCACAGAACAUCAACCAUCUUCCAGAUUUAUGCUCGGACUCUGACCCAAGCGAGGCAUUGUCUGAACCUAGACGAAAGCGAAACUUUAGCCAGGUCAUAUCACCUCUUCAGGAAUCGUCGCGGUCGGGAGGUCCUCGUCGCAACCCAGGAGAUCGAUGCCGACAACACACGUCGCAGUUCUGUACCCAAAGGUGUUUGCUUGGGAUUUAGCAGAAUGAAGGACAUCUUAGAAGACAAUUUUCCGAAUUUGGCUUUGCAUACACGAGGCCAAAGUGACAAACACCAGAUCACGGCACCCGAUUUUCCUCGCCAGCGGAACUAG